AUGUUGACUGCGCUAAGUAGAGCGUCGGUUGCAGGGCGGUGUCUCCGAUCCCGAUCUGACGAUAGUCGAGGCCUCUCUCCGAAGGAGCAAGUUUGUAUUGCAACGUAUCCGUGCACUCAAAUUCUCUCUUGUGGGUGCCAUCCAAGUCAUGGUGAUUCAUCGGCGCAGUGGGCUCCAGUUAUGCCUUCGUCGUCAUCAAUCAUUGCAUCAUCUGGUUACUCCAACCUGGUAGAAGCCAAUCCAGUUAGUAUGGAGGUUCCAGAGGAAGGUAUCAUGCCAGUCAUUCGCUCCAGUGAAUGUAGAAGCAGUUCGCUCAGCAAAGAUAAGAACAGCAAAACACAAAGCAGCAACAGCCAUUUCUUCAUUGCUGCAGUGAUUUGGCUGCCUUUCUGGUGCUGGAAUUGUUUGGGGGUUACUUUGUGA